ACAAGACCUGGGCCGCGCCGUCCGCAGGGAUCGCUCGAAUGUAGCAACGAUUCGCCGAGUUAAAAAAAAAGGUAGCGGAAAAUCGCUACUCGAGAAAAGAAGAAAAAAAAAUAGUAGCAGAGAUACGCCAUUCGAGCGGAUUAACGAUUCCUUCUGCCGGUGUUUGUUUACAUUUUUUUAUAAGUGGAAGGCAACUCAGAAGUGCUUUAGAUAUUUUAGAUAAAUAAAAAAAAGAGGAUCUGAACUUCCUCGGCUGAUGUGAUUCAAUAUUUUUUUUCACGGUACAUAUUAACUUUUUUUUGGAUUUCGAAAAAAAAGUUAAGAUAAAAGAGAUUAAAGAAUCCGAUUCACAAUUGAUAUGUGAACUGUCAGAGGAAUUAACAGUGUCGUGGAAUUUAUAAGGAAGAUUUCAACUGACCCAAGAAACUUAUCCAAGAGGCGAGAAUCCAGGUCACAUCAGCUACCAAGCCUCUUAACUGCACGCCAUGUUGCCUUCGCCUAAAAUGCUCGUCUUAAUAUCAGCUCUGGUGGGCGUGGCGACCGCCCUCGUCUCCAUCAACGAAGGACCUGACGGGGAACUCAACGACAAUUCGCCCGUCUAUUUCCCCGUCCUGCCUGAGGACUUUAAGGAUUUCGGCAUCAAGUUGGGCGGCGGUUCGGCUCCUCCCCCGAUUCCACCGCCGAGGUCGUCCCUCCCCAAGAAGCUGGACAUGCCCUCCACGACCUCCAAGCCUACGACCACCACCGUGCGCCUGCCUAUCAACGAACACGGGCAUCUCAAUCACAUCGCUAGCGAGACGGUAACGAAGCCCCCAGGCCCUUCCUACCUAACCGAUUCCUACUACUACACGGAGGACCACACGAGCGCCCCAGGAACCCACGACCAUUCCUCUGCCGAAAGAACUCACGAGGACAGAGAGAGCGAGGACAGAGGACCGAAGAGGAAACUGCAGGACGCCCAGCCACAGGAGACGGACGCCCGCGAGAGGUACCAUGAGUUCUUCGUCCGAAAUGAAAGACUCCUCACCUCGAGUCCUGAACACUGUCAGAAGCGACGGCCGUUAGAGUAA